UUAAAAGAUAAUUUAAUAAAGUUUUAUAUUUUAUUUUUUAUAUUUUUAGGUCUUACAUUUGAAAUAGCUGAAGGAGGAUUUUUAGACAUAGAUGUAAAAAUAAUUGGUCCUGAUGGAAAAAUAAUUUAUCAAGGUGAUCAAGAAAGUAGUGGUAAAUAUACAUUUGCUACACAUGUUCCUGGUGUUUAUACUUAUUGUUUUGGUAAUCAAAAAAGUAGUAUGACACCAAAAGUUGUAAUGUUUAAUAUGGAUAUUGGUGAAAGUAAAAAACCUAUUGAACAAACUUCUGAUGGAAAAAGUGCUGAUUCAAACCAUAGCAAAAUAGAUGAUAUGAUUAAAGAAUUAAGUACAAGUUUAUGGGGUGUGAAAAAUGAGCAAGAAUAUAUGCAGGUUAGAGAUCGAAAUCAUAGAGCUAUUAGUGAAAGCACAAAUUCUCGUGUAGUUAUGUGGGCAUUUUUUGAAGCUAUGGUUUUGGUUUGUAUGACAAUAGGACAAAUUUUCUAUUUAAAACGGUUUUUUGAAGUCAGAAGAGUUGUCUAAUUAAAGAUAUACAAUAAGAUAAUACAUUGUACAUUCACAUUCAUUGUACAUUUUUUAUGUGAUUAAGUUAUAAUAGAAUUAAAAAAUUUCAACAUUUUG